AUGGAGGCCUCGGGGAAAAUGACCGCUCUGAAAAUGACAGACAUGGAGGUCAAUCGCAACGAUAUGGACGUCUAUCAGACAGGCGGAACUUCUGGUGACGAUAAUGAAAUGACUCGCAUGGGAAAAGUUCAAGAGUUCAAGAGAAAUAUGCGACCGGUAGCAGCAUUGAGUUUUGCUUCCGUGCUUCAAGCAACCUGGGAGUAUCUCAUCCUUUCCAACUAUACGGGAUUAGAGGACGGCGGCUUGCCAGGAAUGUUCUGGUCAUAUAUAUGGACUUUUAUUGGCUUUGGAUUCAUUAUUGCCUCGCUCGCAGAAAUGGCAUCAAUGGCACCGACUGACGGUGGUCAGUACCACUGGGUGUCCGAAUUCGCUUCUCCUCGACACCAAAAAUUCCUCAGCUACAUUACCGGAUGGAUGUCAACACUAGCAUGGCAAGCGGGGACCGCUUCCGGCUCUUUCCUCACAGGAACGGUCAUCCAAGGGUUGAUUAGUGUCCGUGACCCGGACUACGCCGCGCCAGGCUGGCAGGGUACGCUUCUCGUGUUCUCCAUGGUGCUAGUCGUCUACUUUUUCAACGUCCAUGCGUCAGAGCUGAUGCCUAUCUUGAGUAAUCUUCUGAUGCUUUUUCACGUUUUAUCAUGGGCCGUCAUCUUAAUCAUGCUUUGGGCCAUGGCUCCUCGUCGGUCCGCUGAAGCCGUUUUUCUGACGGACUGGAAGAACAUAGGAGGAUUGCCGACUAUGGGCGUUAGUGUGAUGGUAGGACAGAUCUCGGCUAUCUAUGGCUGUCUAAGCUCCGAUGCGUGCGCUCAUAUGUCCGAAGAAAUCAAAGAUGCUGGUCGCAAUGUUCCAGUCGCUAUGUGGUGGGGAUACUUUAGUAAUGGCAUUAUGGCAGCUAUUCUACUGAUUGCUUACCUCUUUGCUACUCCGUCUGUUGAAGAUUCACUAGACGAUGCAUCGGGGUUCCCAUUGCUUUAUGUUUUCAAGCAGAUGACCUCCACCGCAGGAGUGAACGGACUGAUGUCAAUCAUAAUAUUACCUGUGAUCUUCAGCAAUGUUAUGUUCAACGCAUCGACAUCACGUCAAACAUGGGCUUUUGCUCGUGAUAAGGGCCUGCCGUUGUCCGGGUGGAUUGGGAAAAUCGAUUCCAAGCGCAAGAUUCCCACGAAUGCUAUCAUAUUGUCAUGCACAAUCAGCUGCCUUCUUGCUCUUAUAAAUAUUGGCUCCAGCACCGCAUUCAACGCUAUUAUUUCAUUGAACACAGCUGCGCUGAUGUUCACUUAUACGGUUUCCAUCUCAUGUGUCAUCUACCGGAAGAUCUGGCAUCCUGAUACCCUCCCUGUGGCCCGAUGGAGCCUGGGACGCUUUAGCUUGCCUAUCAAUAUUAUCGGGCUCUUAUAUUGCAUAUUUGCGAUGUUCUGGUCCUUCUGGCCAACUGAGCUCCCGGUCACACCUGACAACUUCAAUUGGAGUGUUGUCAUAUUUGUUGCAGUAUUCAUACUCAGCCUUGUGAUGUAUGCUGUGCAAGGGAGGAAAGAGUACGAUGGGCCAGUCAUAAAUGUUAAGCAGAACUAG